AUGAGUGCACGCAACUCGCCAGCGCCUUCGCGUACGGCUGGCUCAAUGGUCUCUGGCAUAUCGAACCAAGGCUAUGAAGUCGGCGAGUCGUCUCCAGCUGCCAGCAAUAACGUGCGCUCGCGUCAAUCCAAACGCGAUGAGGCUAUCAGGAAGAAGAUCGAGACGGAGCUAGCGCGUAAACGUCCGUCCAAUCGUAGAGCGGGAUCGUCCAACAUCCCUCAGCCAUCGCAGACGAAUGGCAAUCGUCGUCGGGGCGGACAGGCAGGUUCUUCGCGUCGUGCGGCAGGCACAGUCUCUGCACUGCGACCAUUGCCUGCUCUGACUGUUCCAUCGACCAUGAGCGUCGUGGAUGCCUCGCAACUUUGCGCCGCCAAGCGCACGGAUUGCGUUCUCGUCGUCGAUGAGGAGGAGCACCUUUCUGGCAUCUUUACAGCGAAGGACCUGGCAUUCAGGGUCAUCGGCGACGGCCUGGAUCCGCGUCAUACACCCGUGUCAGCCAUCAUGACGAAGAACCCGAUGGUCACUCGCGACACCACCUCAGCAACAGAUGCGCUACAGACCAUGGUCACUCGUGGCUUCCGUCAUCUGCCCGUCUGUAAUGAAGAGGGCGAUGUGGUGGGACUGCUCGACAUUACAAAGGUCUUUCACGAAUCCCUCGAGAAGCUCGAACGCGCCUAUGGCUCUUCGCAGAAGCUCUACACUGCACUGGAAGGUGUCCAGUCAGAAUGGGGACCACAGGGCGCGCAGCAGGCAUCUGGCCUCAUGGCGUACGUCGAGGCGUUGCGUGACAAGAUGUCAUUUCCCGAUAUUGGCUCCAUCCUUGAUGUUCGUACUCGUGCUGCUACCAUCGGCGUCAAGACGACUGUGCGCGAUGCCGCUAAGAUCAUGCGCGAGAACAGAACGACUGCUGUCUGCGUGCUUGAAGGCGACGGAUCUACGGGCAAGCUGGCGGGCAUCUUCACGUCCAAAGACGUUGUCCUGCGCGUCAUUGCUGCCGGACUGGAUGCCAAGACGUGCUCUGUAGUACGUGUCAUGACGCCCCAUCCGGACACGGCUUCACCCUCGCUGAGUAUUCAAGAAGCGCUACGCAAGAUGCACGAUGGUCACUAUCUCAAUCUACCCGUGCUCGAUGACGCAGGCGCGCUUGUAGGCUGUGUCGAUGUGCUGAAGUUGACAUAUGCUACGCUCGAGCAAGUCAAUUCGAUCGGCGCGGAAGACGGCGGCAGCGGAGGCGAUGGAACGGAUGGACCCCAAUGGGCACGAUUCUUCAAUUCCUUUGGUGCUGGCUCAGUACAAGAUGAUAACGAGUCUGUCUUCUCAGACCCGCAAGCUGCGUCUGAGCUGCAUCCCAACGAUUCUGCCUCGAUGCUGCAAGAUGACGAUACAUCGGAAGUCGGCCGUGGUGCCAAUCAUCACGCUUCUUCGAUCGGUGGUCUCGCCGUGCCCGGCCCAGCGGUGGAUGACGGCACGUACCUGUUCAAAUUUGUUGCACCAGGCGGCACGACCCAUCGCUUCCAAGCACGAUACGAUCAGCACGAGCUCAUCCGGGACAUCGUCGCGGGCAAGCUCGCAUCGGAUCCCUUCUUCACAGAGGCCGACGAUGGCGUCCAUCUCGAUCCUUCAGAGUUUGCAAUCUCCUACCACGACGAUGAUGGGGAUAUGGUGCUCAUGACUAGCGAUCGGGAUGUUAAAGAUGCAGUUUCGACAGCACGCAAAUCUUCUAAAGACCGCGUUGUGCUCCAUCUACGUGGGGGCAAGGCAUGGGACGAGCAGCUCAAGAAGCGAGGCAUAUCACUCGAAGCUGCUGCGCCUGCACCUCCGAAGAAGAUCAGCAAGUCCAUCGUGGAAUCUGACGAAGCAGAUGACGAGGGAGAGAACUCGAGUCAGGUCGCACGCAAAGCAAGGCGUCGACGACAGCCAGACUCGGACGAGCUCGUCUUUGGUAUGCCAAAGGACAUGAUCUUGCCUGCUGCGAUUGGCUUCCUAGGCAUCACCAUCAUCGGCGUCUUCGCUCUGAGCAGGUCAAAGUGA